AUGUCUGACUCCGCCCCCGAUCUCAGAAUACGGGACGGGGAGGAACCAACUACUAGUGCAGCAUCGGGACGGAAUAAAAGAACUCGAGGAGAUGUACAUGAGGUUGAGAUGAAUGUAUUUAUGGAUGAGAUGAGAUCUUUGAUGGCUAGUCAAGAGAAGAAACUAAAAUCUAUGGAGACCACAUUCAAGGACAGUGUAAAGGAAAUAAGUAACCAGAAUAAAGAUAUAAGGGCUUCCAUUGAAUUUAUAUCCAAAAUGUAUGAUGAAAUGCGAGUAAAAAUAGAUACGUAUGAAAAGCAACAAAAGAAGGACCAUCUUUACAUCAAAACACUAGAGGAUCGGAUUGAUAACAUUGAGCGUGGAAUGAGAUCAAGUAGUCUAGAAGUGAGAAAUAUCCCAGUGAAGAGCACUGAAAGUAAAGAUGACUUGAUCAAGAUUGUAAAAGAUAUUGGAUCUGUUUUAAAUACUCCAAUUGAAGCCUCCGAAAUCAAGGAACUGUUUCGUACCAAGAAAAGAAACUCUAACAACUCGCCAAUUAUUGUUGAAUUUACCUCAGUUCUAAAAAAGGAGAAGAUAAUAAAUUCUAUAAAAAAAUAUAAACAGGAAAAAAGAGACAUAAUGAAGACAUCACAUAUAAACAUACAGGGGCCUGUAGUGCCGAUACACAUAUCUGAAAACUUAACAUUCAAAAUGAAACGACUGCACUUCCUGGCCAGAGAAUUUGCUCGAUCCCACGAAUACAAAUACUGUUGGACCAGCAAUGGAAAUGUCUACAUUCGCAAGACAGAUGGCCAAACAGCUAUUAGACUGAACAAUGAGGCUGAUUUAGAAAAAAUAAUCUCAGAAAAAAAGUGA